AUGCAAUUUUCUUUCUUACAGUUCAUUGUUGCCGCCGUUCUUGGUGUCUGCUCAGCAGCCCGCUUAGACAACGCCUACCUUCCUCCUAGAGGAGGAGAUGGUGCAGGCUAUGGUGCCACAGGUUCCGGUUUCCGAGGAUCCAGUUUCGGUUCCGGCGGUAGUGGAUUCGGCUCCGGCGGUGGAUUCAGCUCUGGAAAUGGUGGCUUUGGAGCUGGAAAUGCAGGUUACGGUGCCGGCAGCGGUUUCGGAGCGGGAGGCGCAGGCGGUUUUGGAAAUGGAGGUGCUGGUGGUUACAAUGCGGGUGGUGUAGGUGGUGGCAGACAAUCUGCUGACGCCAGUGCUCAAAUUCUGAAACUUAACAGUGAUGUCACCGCCGAAGGCUUUUCUUACGAAUACGAAACCUCAAACGGAAUCAGAGCCGAUGCUUCCGGUGUAGCCACCAAUGGAGUCCAGUCGCAGGGAAGCUUCUCCUACAAGGGUGAUGACGGUCAGGACUACAGCAUCACAUACACCGCUGAUGAGAACGGCUACCAACCCCGUGGUGCUCAUCUCCCUACCCCUCCCCCAAUUCCAGAAGAGAUUCUUAAGAGCUUGGAGCAGAACGCUAGAGAUGAAGCUGCCGGCAUUGUUGAUGAUGGUCAAUACCGCGGUGAAGGUGCUGAUGCUGGUCGUGGAGGAUAUGGUGCUCAAGGAUCCGGCUAUGCCAGCCAGGGAUCCGGUUUCAGUGGCCAAGGAUCCGGGUUCGGAAGUCAAGGAUCCGGUGGACGUGGUUCCAGCUUCGGCGGUCAGGGAUCCGGGCAAUACCUGACCCCCAACGCUGGACGUGGAUCCGGAAACGGAAACUUCAACGCUCAAUCUGGAUACCGUUACUAA